GUGAAUGCUAGUAUAUCUGCCAUUCAUUAGGUAUUGAGAGCUACGGUUCAAGCCAGCCUACAACCCAUAUACAGAGCCAAGUAUGGAGGUCUUCAGCUACCACGAAGGUCUGGGUAAGUGGGUGGAGGUGGGUAACUCGGGUAUGUUCAGACCAGAGAUGCUGCUG